CUGUUUGAGACAAAUGACGAGCAAUUAGAGCUUGCUUUCAUUAAAGCCAUUGAAAUGAUUAAUACAGAUGAAGCUAGGCUGCCAGGCAGGAAGUUGCAAGCCAGAGUUAAACAUAUAGCUCCUCAAGACAGCUUUCGUGCUCUUAAAACAGCAUGCAGCUUUCUGGGGGAAGGCAUGGUCGCCAUCGUGGGUCCGAAAUCUCCGUCCAAUAUGGGGGUGUUGCAGUCCACUUGCGACGCCUUCGAAAUGCCCCUCUUGCUGACACACUGGGCCCUCAGGACACAGGCUCGAAGGUAUACCAUAAACCUCUUCCCUGAGAGUCGAAUCUUAGCAGGUGCCCUCACAGAAUCUUUGGUACAUCAGAACUGGAAGACUUUCACGCUCAUAUUUGAGGAUAACGAAGCCUUAAUUCGCCUUCAGGAGAUUUUACAAUUGCCUACAAAAACUGAAGCCGAAGUUCAACAGCACCACAUGAAAGUUAUGCUACGCCAUAUUAAGCCAGACCAAGACUUUAAGAAACUCAUGAAAGAUCUCUCUAACUCGAGAGAAAAUAAUUUUGUUGUAGAUCUACCACUGAGUCGAGUACACCAAUUAUUCCAUGAUGCCAGCCAGGUUCAGAUGAUGACAGAAUAUCAAAAUUAUUUCUUAACAUCUCUGGACGCUCACACAGUUGAUUGGAAUACCACAAUCAUUGGUAGGACCAACAUCACUGCUUUUCGGUUGAUCAAUCCAGAAAACGAACAUUUUAAGAAAUUCUUAAGGGAAUGGAUAUUUUCGGAACAGACCAUAGGGAAAGAUGUACCCAGUAAACAGCCAAUAACGACAGAAGCCGCCCUUGUGUACGAUGCUGUAACAAUGUUGGCAAAAUCUCUACGUGAGCUGGAGAGGACGCGACAGCUUGAUUUGAGAUCUAUGUAUUGUGAUGAAUCUGCAGUUUCAAGUCACGGAAAUGCUACUAUUUAUCACAUGCAAAUGCAUCCUUUCGAAGGUGCCAGUGGCUAUAUCAAAAUCGAUAAGCAAGGACGACGAACAGCCUUCUCAAUUGAUAUGGUGAAAAUAACUAAUAAAGGUAUAAUGAAGCAGACUUUCUUCACCACAGCCGAUGAAGAAUCUGAAACUAGUGUUAUUGUUAGUUACAUGAUAGCAGAAAAAAUUGCUAAGCCUGGAAAACCCUUUGCUUAUGGAGAAUUUGCAAAAGAAUAUCUUCAUAGUGUAGUUGAUGUGCUUUGUCCAUCACAGGCUCAAAUCAUAUCGAAUAUUAACUUGUCUGGUGUGACAGUAGCUAGGCGCAUAGAGGAUGUCGCAACAUAUAUAUUCAGUAAAUUAAAAUCCAAAGGCAAACAAUUUGAGUUUUAUUCUGUUGCAAUGGACGAAUCAAUAGAUGUAACAGAUACUGCACAAGUAGCCAUUUUUAUACAUGGUGUUGAUAGAGACAAUUGUAGAGGAAUUUGCCAGUAUCGUUGCACUUAA